ACACCACCUAUCAUCAACACCAUUCUUACAAUGGGUGGCCAGAGAAACAAGCUCCCACUUCUCUUAUUUCUCUGGGUGGCCCUUUUUGGAAUUAGUGUGAGCAUCCCAAGUGAAUUCUCCAUCGUUGGAUAUGACCCCAUCGACAUUGCCUCAGAAAAUCGAGUGGCGGAGAUCUUCAAUCGAUGGAGGGAAAAGCAUAAGAAGGUAUACGCUGGUUUGGAAGAGAAGGAGAAGAGAUUUCAGAAUUUUCGAAAGAAUCUAGCGUAUGUGAUCGAAAGGAGCAGUAACAAAGGACCCUUUGAUCAUGCUGUUGGACUAAACAAGUUUGCUGAUUUGAGUAACAAGGAGUUUAAAGAGGCUUAUCUGUCUAAGAUAUUGAAGCCGAUGAAGAAGAAGAAGAAGACAUUGGACGGCAAGGAGGCUACCUGCAAAGCUCCUGCUUCUCUCGAUUGGAGGAAGAAGGGUGUUGUCACUGGAGUUAAAGAUCAAGGCUCAUGUGGCAGCUGUUGGUCAUUCUCCUCAACUGGAGCGAUAGAAGGAAUAAAUGCUAUAACUACAGGUGAUCUUAUUAGUCUCUCUGAGCAAGAACUCAUAGAUUGCGACACAACCAAUGAGGGCUGUGAUGGAGGUUACAUGGAUUAUGCAUUCGAAUGGGUUAUACUAAAUGGAGGAAUCGACUCAGAAGCUGACUACCCUUACACAGGACAGGACGGAGUUUGUAACACCAUCCAGGAGGAAAGAAAAGUUGUGGCCAUUGAUGGCUAUGAAGACGUUGCCACAGAAGAAGGUGCUGUCUUCUGCGCCGUUGUUAAACAGCCUAUCAGUGUUGGAAUCGAUGGCUCUGCAAUAGAUUUUCAGCUAUACACUGGGGGAAUCUACGAUGGAUCGUGCUCGGGCAAUCCAGACGACAUUGACCAUGCAGUCUUGAUCGUGGGCUAUGCCUCCCAAGGCAACGUAGACUACUGGAUAGUGAAGAAUUCAUGGGGAACGGACUGGGGGAUAAACGGGUACAUAUACAUAAGGAGGAACACUGAUUUAGAAUAUGGGGUUUGCGCAAUCAAUGCAAUGGCUUCUUAUCCAACCAAAGAAUCCAUUUCUCCUUCUCCUUUUCCUUCGCCUGUUGUUCCACCACCACCUCCGCCGCCACCUCCACCACCACCUCCGCCGCCUCCAGGUCCUUCACCAACUCAAUGUGGAGAUCUUUCAUAUUGUGCAUCUGGAGAGACUUGUUGCUGCAUUUUUGAGUUUGGUGGUUACUGCUUCAUCUAUGGUUGCUGUGAGUAUGAGAAUGCUGUAUGCUGCACUGGGAGCAUCUACUGCUGCCCUCAGGACUAUCCCAUUUGUGACAUACCAGACGGGUUCUGCCUCCAGAAUUAUGGAGAUUCGGUGGGGGUAGCAGCGAAGAAACGGAGGCUUGCCAAGCCCAAGUUCCCAUGGACAAAGUUUGAAGGAACACCUGCCACAUACCAGCCUCAAUUGGAGUGGAAGAGGGAUGGAUUUGCUGCAAUGCGGUGAUGAAGCUGGAUGGGCUUGCUUUGCAUUUCGAGCUUUCAAUUCAAUGUCACAUUUCAUCCUAAUACGGAAUACAUUCCGGUCUUAUAAUAUGAUAUUACUUUACUAUUAUCUUAUUCUAAACCCUAUAUCUAUCUAGUUGCAGUCACAGUCACAGACAAAAGAAGGGAACCAAAGUGACAUGUUGUUUUUUCUCUAAAUAAUUUAUUUGGGGCCCAUUAUUAUUA